CCCCAAACAAACAUUUGCCCUUAUUUUCCACUCACAAUCCUUCAUCCCAUCUUUCUCCAGCGACACACUGGUGAAGAUAUGGAGAGCCAUGGAGCUGGUAGUUAUUUCGUGGAUGAGAAGUCUGUUCUUGUCGAAAACAUUUUCUUCGACUUCCUCAAGAGUUUUCGCCUCGUUGGGAACUCUGGAGACCCUUACUACGAGACAGAGAUAGAAGCUAUGAUGGCUGGCGAAUCUAACACCAUGUUCAUUGAUUUCGCUCACCUUAUGCGCUCCAAUGAUCUUCUCCACGUAGCAAUCGCCGACGAAUAUCUCAGGUUUGAACCAUACCUCAAGAACGCUUGCAAGCGAUUCGUAAUGGAGCAUAAUCCUUCUUUCAUCGCUGACGAUAACCCCUUCAAGGACAUAAAUGUCGCUUUCUUCAACAUUCCCGUUUCUAAAAGGUUGAGAGAAUUGACCACUGCAGAAAUUGGGAAAUUAGUAUCCGUGACAGGAGUGGUGACGCGGACAAGCGAGGUCCGACCAGAGCUUCUACAGGGGACCUUCAAGUGCUUAGAAUGUGGGAAUGUUAUUAAGAACGUCGAACAACAAUUUAAGUACACGGAGCCAACAAUAUGCAUGAACCCAACCUGUUCGAAUAGAACAAAGUGGGCAUUACUUCGGCAAGAGAGUAAAUUUGCUGAUUGGCAGAGGGUGCGAAUGCAAGAGACUUCAAAGGAGAUACCGGCUGGCUCUCUUCCACGAUCUUUGGAUGUAAUUCUCCGCCAUGAAAUGGUCGAACGUGCUAGGGCUGGAGACACGGUCAUCUUCACGGGUACAGUAGUUGUCAUACCAGAUAUAUUAGCAUUAGCCUCUCCAGGAGAAAGAGCAGAAUGUCGUCGGGAAGCUUCAGAGCGAAAAAAUUCUGCGGUUGGACAUGAAGGAAUGAGGGGUCUACGAGCCCUAGGAGUGAGGGACCUGUCCUACCGCCUAGCCUUUAUUGCCAAUUCAGUUCAGGUUUUAGAUGGCAGAAGGGAUUUUGAUAUCAGAAAUAGGAAAAAGGAUGCGGAUGAAGACAACCAACAGUUCACCACUGAAGAGCUUGAUGAAGUUCAAAGAAUGAGGAAUACCCCUGACUUCUUCAACAGACUUAUUGAUAGCAUUGCACCAGCAGUCUUUGGCCAUCAAGAUAUCAAGCGAGCAAUUCUGCUAAUGCUGUUAGGCGGUGUCCACAAGUUAACCCAUGAAGGAAUUAACCUUCGAGGUGAUAUCAAUGUCUGUAUAGUAGGAGAUCCAAGUUGUGCAAAAUCUCAGUUUCUUAAGUAUACUUCAGGUAUUGUGCCAAGAUCAGUUUACACAUCUGGAAAAUCUUCUUCUGCUGCUGGAUUAACUGCAACUGUAGCCAAAGAGCCAGAAACAGGAGAGUUUUGUAUUGAGGCUGGUGCCUUGAUGCUUGCGGACAAUGGCAUUUGCUGUAUUGAUGAAUUCGACAAAAUGGACAUCAGGGAUCAGGUUGCAAUUCAUGAAGCUAUGGAGCAGCAGACCAUAAGCAUAACGAAAGCCGGAAUACAGGCAACACUAAAUGCCAGGACGUCAAUCCUUGCUGCUGCUAAUCCUACAGGAGGGCGCUAUGACAAAUCUAAACCACUAAAGUAUAAUGUUGCUCUGCCUCCUGCUAUUCUCUCAAGGUUUGACCUUGUGUACGUGAUGAUAGAUGACCCAGAUGAUCAAACAGAUUACCACAUUGCACACCACAUUGUGAGAGUACACCAGAAGCAUGAAGACGCUCUUUCUCCUGCAUUUACCACUGCUGAGUUGAAGCGUUAUAUUGCAUAUGCAAAAACUCUAAAACCUAAGUUAAGUUUAGAAGCCAGAAAAGUAUUGGUGGACUCUUAUGUUGCUCUUCGCAGAGGAGAUACAACUCCUGGAAGUAGGGUUGCUUAUCGCAUGACAGUUAGGCAGCUCGAGGCAUUAAUAAGGCUGUCCGAAGCAAUUGCACGAAGUUAUUUGGAGACUUUGGUUCAAUCGCGCCAUGUGCGUUUAGCAGUGACCUUACUGAAAACGUCAAUCAUCAGUGUGGAAUCUAGCGAGAUUGACCUAUCUGAAUUUCAAGAAGAAACUAAUGGAGGUGGAGAUGGUGAUAAUAAUGUAGACAAUAGGCCUCAUGAGGUUGAUGCUGAACCUAGGAAUGGUGCAACAGAGCCAACUUCGGGAAAUGGUGGUUCUGGCAGUCAACAUGAGAAGAAGAAACUUCUCCUGAGUGAUGAAUAUUUUCAGAGGGUUACCCAAGCCCUUGUCAUGCGCCUCAGACAGCACGAAGAAUCUGUGAUGCAAGAAGGAACUGAGCUGGCGGGAAUGAGGCAGAGAGAUCUGAUUCAAUGGUAUGUGGCUCAGCAGAACGAGAAGAAUAGCUAUAGCUCCAUGGAGGAGGCAAAAAAAGAAGUUAAAACAAUUAGAAGUAUUAUUGAGAGUUUGAUAGUAAGGGAAGGCCAUUUGAUAGUUGUAGAUGACGGGAGGCCAGUAGAUGGCGGGGUUGAAGGCGAACCAUCGUUAAUUAAGGAUAACAGGAUUUUAGCUGUGGCUCCCAAUUAUGUCGUUGAUUGAAGACGUCCGCUCUUAAAUCUGAGAACCUCCAGCUUUCUUGAUCUCUAUCAAUAUUGUGGCUAAUUCAGCGUACGUUGUGGAAAUUGGUCUUCUAAGACCACAAGAAACUGGUCUUCCAAAGUCUAUUACUGAGUAUUAACAAUCAUUUUCGGCUGGGGGCUGUGGAGGUAAAUUCUUUCGUGUUUAUUUGACGAAUGUAGGAGAUUAGUUUUAAAUAUUGUAGACUUGGUUUGAUAUAGGUUUGGUUAAGUGCCCAAUGGAUACUGUUACGUUGUCAUGAAUCAUUAUAACUAACCUAAGGUUGGGGUCGUACUAGCGAGCUGCUAUUUUGAAGUUAUAAAAUUUGAAUGCACUUUGGAAUGGCUAUAGUUUUGUACCCGAACAUAAACAUGAGCGUGCCAUGCAUCACUGGAAAUUACAAUUGCAUCGACACUGUAAUUUUAUAUUUGUA